AUGGUUGUGCAUGUGAACCAUUUGAUUGUGCAUCGAAAACUUGUUGAUUCGGAGAACAUCUGUUGUAUUUCGCAGGAGCGGCAACAGUUAACUCAGCAGUUAAAAGAUGAAACUCAGCAGAAGGAACAGUUAAAGCAGAUAAAGAAUGAAAUGGAGAAUGAACGAUGGCAACUGAACAAGACUGUUGAAAAGUUACAGGAGGAGAUGUCUGAAAUGGUAGAGAUCUCAAGAACAUCUACUCUGGAGCUUCAGAACCAGCUUGAUGAAUGCAAGGAGAAGAAUCGCAGGGAAGUUGCAGAUGUGCAGAGACAAUUAAGAGAGAAAAACCUUGAGGUAGAAAAAUCACGCCUGACAACCAUGAGAAUGCAAGAUGAGAUGCGUCUUAUGGAAGAAAACUUGAGAGACCACCAGAGAGCUCAGGAUGAGGCAAUAACAAAAACUCAGCUGCUGGAACAGACUGUGAAAGGCUUGGAGUAUGAACUGGAAGCCAAAACCCACUUAAAAGACGAUCGGGCAAGACAAAUCAAAUUAAUGGAGGACAAGUUAUCUCACCUGGAACUUGAACUUGAUGAAGAAAAGACUAAUUCGGAUUUGUUGUCUGAGAGGAUCAAUAGAUGCAGAGAACAGAUUGAACAAAUGAGGAUAGAGCUACUUCAGGAAAGAGCUAUAAAACAAGAUUUAGAGUGUGACAAAAUUUCCUUGGAAAGACAGAACAAAGACUUGAAGAGCCGAAUCCUUCACCUCGAGGGUUCUUACCGAUCCAGUAAAGAGGGACUUGUUGCUCAAAUGGAAGCAAGGAUCACAGAGCUAGAAGAACGACUUGAAAAUGAAGAGAGGGAUAGAGCUAAUUUCCAGCUAAGUAACCGCAGACUUGAGAGAAAAGUGAAGGAGUUAAUGUUGCAAGUAGAUGAUGAACAUCUCUCAUUGACUGAUCAAAAGGACCAGUUGAGUUUGCGUUUGAAAGCAACGAAACGUCAAGUUGAAGAAGCUGAAGAAGAAAUAGACAGACUGGAAAGCGCCAAAAAGAAACUCCAGAGAGAUCUGGAAGAGCAACUAGACAUGAACGAACAAUUGCAAGGACAGCUUAACGCUGCAAAGAAGGAAUUAAGACUGAAGAAGUCACCAAGUAAAGUGUUGGCUGAUUCUGAUGAUGACGACGAUGAUGAUUUCAGCACAGAUGGUGAUAGUCUCUGUGAAGUACCUUCAGGAAAUAACUUUUCAAAAGAUGAUGACACAAAAAUCUAAAUAAGUAUUGGAUCUGUGAUUCCUUGAAAGUACUGGAACAAUAACAUAAAUUACCAAGAAACUGGAUAUUCUGGAAGCCAAAUGACAUAAAGGGGUUUAAGAGUUGGGAAUAUAAUGUUUCCAUCCAUACUGUGCCAUUUUCUUAUCUAGAUCUCCACUGUUUAUAGAAAACAAGAUUGCAUUAUAAAACAGCUAUAAAACACGGAUAUAUAUACAUAUAUCUGCUACUGAAAACACGGGGAUAAUGUUUCACAUUGGAAAUGUGAUUUUGCUAAAAUUCUGUUUAAGUAAAAAGCCAUUUGAAAGUAAUUCAAAUUCAGUUUGUAGUUAUUAAAAGCUUUUCCCUAAAAUUAAGGAAACCACAGAAGAUUAUUUAAUAAUUGUAAGUAGGGGGAAAUUAUGUAUAAAAUGUAAAUAUUUUAAACCUGAUCUUUUUAUUGAUUACUUCAGUACUAUUUUGUAAAGUUUCAAAUACUAUAUAAAUCAGUUUCAUAUGUAAA